UAAUUUCCAGCCGUUGAAAUCAAACCUUGGUAGUUUUGAUCAUGUGUUCUUGUGUGGCCUCUUAAAGUUCUAGUUUGGCAGCCAGUUACCAGUCAAUACACAAAGAAACUAAUUGCAAGAGCACAGAUGGCUGCUGUUAACCCAACUUCAUCCUAUGACCGAUUGAAGGAAGUGAAAGAGUUUGACGAAUCCAAAAUCGGAGUUAAAGGUCUCUCCGAUUCCGGUAUCGUCACCAUCCCUCGCUUCUUUGUUCACCCUCCGGAGACUCUCUCCGAUCUUAAACCCAACACCUCCAAAUCCUGUGCUAACAUUCCCAUCAUCAACUUAUCCAACAAAGACUCCUCUACUCACCGUCCAGAAAUCGUCAACCAAAUCAAAGAAGCUGCAACGACCUGGGGUUUUUUUCAGGUAAUCAACCACGGAGUACCUGAGUCAAUACUCGAAGAGACUAUCCGAGCUAUUAAGGACUUUCACGAGAGGCCACAUGAAAUCAAAGCGAAAUACUACAAACGGAACGAGAAUAGCGGUGUUAUGUACUCCAGCAACAAUGACUUGUACCGGUCAAAGGCGGCCAGCUGGCACGAUGCGCUGACUGCGUGGAUGGGGCCAUCUCCGCUGGAAGUGGAGGAGCUUCCGCAGAUCUGUAGAAAUGAAGUUAUUGCUUGGGAUGCAAAUGCCAGAAAGGUGGCGGAGACGGUGAUGGAGUUGUUGAGUGAAGGGUUGGGAUUAGAAGCCGGUAAGUUUAAGGAGCUGACCUUCAGUGAGGCUAGAGCUCUUGUGGGACAUUGUUAUCCCUACUGUCCGCAGCCGGAUCUGACGAUGGGGAUAACGUCGCAUACGGACCCCGGAGUGGUGACGGUGCUGUUGCAGAAUCAGAUUCCGGGUUUGCAGGUGAAGCAUGAAGAUGACUGGGUGGCCGUCAACCCCGUGCCUGGUGGUCUGAUAAUCAACAUUGGCGACUUUCUUCAGAUAGUCUCCAAUGGAGAAUACAAAAGUGUGCAGCAUCGGGUGUUGGCCAACUCCGAUAAGAACCCACGAAUUUCAGUGGUUGAAUUCUUCAAUCUGAGCAAAUGGAAAGGAGAUGGUUACUACGGACCUCUGCCGGAGUUGCUGUCGGCAGAGAAACCGGCGAUUUAUCGCAAUUUUACACAACAAGAGUUCCUUGAAAAUUUCUAUGGCAAGGGGUUGGAUAGCAAAUCCCUCAUUGAUAAGAUCAGAAUUCAGGGCUAAACAGUGUUUGUUUCAAUUAAAAUUUUGUAUCUGGGCUUUGUAACUUUUAAAAACUAUAAGUUACGAAAUAAUAAUCAACUUCAUGUUGAUUA